AUGUCAAGGUGCUGGCCUGCUUUGUACACAGGACAGGCGUGCUUGCUCUACAACAUCAUUUUCGGUCCGAUUGUCUUGAUAAUUCAUGCCUUGAGGAUCUAUCUUCCACCGUGCCUUUAUAUCUACGCAUGGCGAGCCUACUGGCAUCUUGGUGGCUGCUGCUCCUCCUUUUUCGUGGAUCAGGAGUUUCCGCCGAACGAUGCUUCGCUUGGCAAGGUUUCUGGUGACACCGCCAAUGAGUCCAGCGGAAAGCAAGGCGGUGGCACAGUUUGGGUGCGAGCAAUGCACUUCUCCAGGAAUAGUGGAGCCCAGCCAUCUCAUCCGACCCUUGGAGAUUCGCAGAUGCACUUAUUUGAGGGCAAAAUCGAGGCACAAGAUAUUUUGCAGGGUGCUUUGGGUGACUGCUGGUUGCUGGCCGCCAUGGCAGCCUUGGCCGAGCAUGAGGGCUCCAUCAAUCGGCUUUUCCAAGAGUCCUGCGUUCAGCCUGACGGGAAAUACAAAAUCAAGUUGUUUGAUCCUCAAAUGAAGCAGUGGAAAGUCAUCAUCCUAGAUGAUUUUGUGCCAUGCGUUGCUGAUCAACAAGACUCUGACGGCGUGGCAAGAUGUGCUGAUGGUACUCCCAAGGCCAUGUACGCGCGACCUCAUGGUAAAGAGAUUUGGACAAUGCUGCUGGAAAAGGCCUUUGCAAAGCUUUGCGGUAGCUAUGCCUCCACAGAGGCCGGUAUCACCGAAUGGGGAAUUUCGGCCAUGACGGGUGGAAGUGCCUGGCGAUAUGAGCGGGGAGACGGCAAGUGGGACCGCCUGGAUCUUGUGGCAGAGGAAUCGCAGGACAAACGAGCAUGUGGCUUCAGACAUACGGGAGAGUCGCACGAUGACGAGGAGUUCUUUUUGUUGCUACGGUACUAUCAUCGACAAGGAGCUGUACUUUGCUGCGGAGGCGUCAAGCCAGCUGGCCAACAGCAAGGCCUUGUGGUGGGACAUGCAUUCUCACUACUGCAGGUACGUGCAGUUUACACUAGCUGGCACUCAGAAGAGUUCUUCCGCAUGGUGCAGAUUCGAAAUCCGUGGGGCACCGGAGAGUGGAAGGGGCCCUGGUCAGAUGCCUCGCCUUUGUGGGAGAAAUACCCGCAUGUGCGAGACACCUUAUUGCAGUCUCGGGCCAGAGACGACGGAACCUACUGGAUGCAAUGGGAAGACUUUUGUCAACUCUGGGGGUACGUUGGCUGCGUAGAUUAUGGCAGCGGUAUCUUCUCCAUGAGGCUUCCUAUCUUCUCGGAGGAAGAAGCUGCUGGCCCAGUCAAGGCGUGCUGCCUUGGCUGUGCUCGCUUUUGGUGUCUAUGUGAGGGCCCUCGCCAUUUCUUCUGCUCUCACCAGGCUUCUGCAGAGCAUGUGGAGAGUGAAGUUUUCCGGCGCAGCUUCGGCCCUGCCCUCAUGGCACGGGCACGCACGCUGCAUUUUGCUGUUAUCUGGCGGGUUGUGAUCCACGCGGAGCGUAUUGCCGGCUGUGUGAGCGGGAUAUGGUACGGAGCUUUGUUUGCCAUGUUCGGAAAUUCGGCAAUAGGUCACCUUGCAUUCCUGGCCUCGCGACUCGGCCCUCCCUCGCUAGACGAUCAGCAGGGCGUCCUGGGAGUUUUGUAUUGUCGGAAGCUCUUUGCGGGCAUCUCGACCCGGCAAUCCAUGAUGCAGGCUGUAACAGCGAUUCCUGCCAUAGCAACCGGCAUCGUCGAAGCAGCGCUUCCGCGCAUCUGGGCUGUUGUGCAGCCCAUUGUCGAUCCUUUCAGCGAUGAGAAGGAGGGCGAUAAAGAGACCGGAUGGUGCAAGAUGAUUCCAAGAGUGCUCCGCGUGUUCUACUGGUCAGAUGUCGUAACGGUUGCGACUGUGGCCCACAGCUUGUACUUCGUGUGCGACGUGCCCUUGAGGACUUGGCUGAUAGGUGGACUUUUGCUGGGUUUUCCUGUCACUGACCUGGUGCACCGUAUGGUCAUGAAGGAUGAUCCAAGAACCAAAGUCGUCCGCUUCACCAUCAAGAAGAUCCGGGGAGGUGCGCAUCCAGAGAAUUUCAAGCUCGACACAAUCGUACUCUACAACAGGUGCGGGGGCGCUAUCCAUCGCUCCCUUGUAGAUGAACGGCACGAAGGAAACUACUGGUUUGUGGAAAUACGUGAUGGUCCAGAGCUGGUGACGGGGUACCAAAUCGUCACCCACAGGACUGAGGGUCCAGAGUGUGAUCCUAGCUCCUGGAUUGUGGAGGGUUCCGUGGAUGGCGUCACCUGGUACAUGAUCGACGAGUGCUCAAGUGAGUCUUUGCCUAGACAGAGAGAAGCGGCUUCUCAGCAGUUCGACGACCUGAUGCAUAUGCCUGAUGCUCAGGCGGCAUUCCGCCAGGGCUUCCUUGCUGAAGCUGCAGCUUGUGCAGGCUCAUUCGCUUGGUUGCUUCUGGGAACUUCUUGGGUGAGUGCUGGUACCGAAGCAUGCGUGGAUUCCGCGCCUUACCUCUGGUACUGGAGCUAUUUUCUCGUCGUCGUCCUUUGGUCUUUUCUGGGGACGGUCACCAUCGGCCUCAUUACAUGUGCCGUGGCUAUGAUCAUCGUCGGAGGGAAGACUACGUAG